CGCGACCUUUCUCCUGCAUCGGCGGUGACGCGGCGGCCGCGCGCGCCCCCUCCCCUGCCCGCGCGCGGCGAAGAUGGCGGCGCUGAGCAAGUCCAUCCCCCACAGCUGCUACGAGAUCGGGCACACCUGGCACCCCCGCUGCUCCUGGGCCGUCCUGCACGUCACGCAGGGGGCCCUGGCCGAGUCCCUCCGCAUCUACGGCACCCUCUACCUGAUUGCAGCUAUUCUCAGGAAACGAAAACUUGACUAUUAUUUGUACAAACUCCUACCUGAGAUCUUGCAAUCAAGUUCCUUUCUGACAGCAAAUGGGACCUUGUAUAUUGCUUGCUUUUGCAUUCUAAGGAAGAUACUUGGAAAAUUCUACUUUUGGUCUCCUGGCUUUGGUGCUGCUUUACCUGCUUCGUACAUGGCAAUUCUCAUUGAGAGGAAAAGCAGGAGAGGUCUCCUCACAAUUUACAUGGCAAAUCAAGCUACAGAAACGCUGUUCCGAAUGGCAGUAGCAAGAGGAGCUAUUACACCUUUAAGACAUGGAGAAGUCCUUUUGUUCUGCAUCACAGCUGCUCUGUUCAUGUUCUUUUUCAGGUGCAAAGAUGGCUUGAAAGGAUUUACAUACUCUGCACUGAAGUUCAUUGUAGGGAAAGAAGAAAUCCCUACUCAUUCAUUUUCACCUGAAGCAGCAUUUUCAAAGACAGAUCGAAAGAUAAAGCAUUGUGAAAAAGCAUCACAGCCAAUGAACAUACUGGCUCUAACCAAAAAGCUUGUGGACAAAGUGUGCAAACAUGGCCCGAGGCACAGAUGCUGUAAACACUAUGGAGAUAAUUGCAUCUCAUAUUGUAUUAAAGGCUUUGUUAGGAUGUUUAGCAUUGGUUACCUGAUCCAGUGUUGCCUUCGGAUCCCAUCUGCCUUCCGGCACCUGUUUACAAAACCAUCCCAGCUACUUUCCCUCUUCUACAACAAGGAAAAUUUCCAACUUGGAGCUUUUCUUGGAUCUUUUGUCAGUAUAUACAAAGGUACUAGUUGCUUCCUGCGCUGGGUACGGAAUCUAGAUGAUGAACUUCAUGCACUUGUAGCUGGGUGUCUAGCAGGAAUUUCUAUGAUGUUUUACAAAAGUACUACUAUCUCUAUGUAUCUGAUGUCCAAAUUAGUAGAGACUAUAUACUUCAAAGGCAUUGAAGCAGGGAAGGUUCCCUAUUUUCCUCAUGCAGACAGCAUCAUCUAUGCCAUUUCUACAUCAAUAUGCUUUCAGGCAGCUGUCAUGGAAGUGCAGAACUUGAGACCUUCGUACUGGAAAUUUCUUUUACGACUAACAAAGGGCAGGUUUGCUCUCAUGAACAGGAAAGCUUUAGAUGUAUUUGGUACUGAAGCAUCUAAGAACUUCAAGGAUUUCACACCUAAGCUUGACCCAAGAUACACGGUUGUACCACCAGAGCUACCACUGGAGCUGUCCUGAGAGCCAAUAGUAUAUCUUGUCGUUCAGUGUGAUCAACAUUUUGUCCUGAGGAGUUAAUUAACAGUCGUAGAGAUGGAGGAGGGCUUGGGCUCCACUUCAGUAUUAUUUCAAUGAGAAAUGCUUUUUACAGAUCAAAAGUACUGAAGCUUUGCAGGAAGAUGUGGCUUAGUGAUUAAGCUCCUUCCAUAAGCAGAAAAUAUUUCUGGAUUACUGUAGUUUGUUGGCAGUAUGAUAGAUUCCUGAAUGAAUUAAACAAAUGAGUAAUAUAUUUAGAAAAGAUAGGCGUAAUAAUUUCACAAAUUCUGUAGUUCAUACCAGUAGAAUAUUCCUUGGUAAAACUAAAAGUAAUUCUUCAUUUACAAAGGAAGACAAAUGGCAUAGUUUAGGUCCAAAAUUGUACCUGUUCUUUAAACUUCUGCAGUCAGGUGAAAACACCCCCUUGGCUUUCUGAAUUGCAUCCCUGAUUUAUCUCAAAAGAGCCCCUGCCCACUCAUUAUUUCAAAUUACCAUAUUUUUCAACAGCUGUGGUUGCAAAAUGAGGCAUUCCUGAGAAAAAGAGAGUGUAUAUGAAUUCAGAAAUCACAUUCCAGGGCUGUAAAUCCCGCUGACAAUAUGGAGAACAGACAAGGGAAAGAAGGAGGCGGUCCCGGUGACUGCGGCGCCGUGGGGAGCAGCGGGGUGUGGCAGUCAGGAGCUGCCAAGUGGAAAAUGACAAAACCAGCAGAGGAAGGAAUGAAACGUUCCAGCCUCUGAAUUGGUGCUGGAAACAGCAGACAGUUACAAAAAUAAAAAAAAAGCCAAGAACUAAACAAAACAAAAAUCCCCCAAAAUAUACUGAAAUUCAAUGUUUAUUUUUAAAGGGCUUGAGAUGGUCGCUUUAGAUCACAUCGGCUUGUUUGUCAGGCUGAGGCACCAGCCAGCAUUUCAAGCAUUUCUUUAAGAGAACUGACCCCUGGAGGUUAGACUGUUACAAAAUAACAGUUUUCAAGAUCGUAUUAAUAGUAUUUUUCCUUGUGCUUGGGGAAAAGUGGUUUUCCAUCAGCCACGACUGGUACAUUUACAUUCAAUUGCGGAUGGUACUCAGUGCAGAAAAACUGCCUACACGAAUUCAGUCUCAUUUUUACCCUGUGUGUUUCUGCAGGUAGUAGUUGGUGUUCUAAAGCAAGACCUUGGCACGCUGAUUGCUGCUUUUUUUUCCUGCCUUUUGGGACUUUUUAAAAUUAGAAUCCGUUCAGGUGAUGCUGAAUGGUGUUUGUUACCCUAGAGCUGAAUGAAAAGACAAAUUAGGUUAAUGUUCAACUGAGAAGAGACAAGGUAAGCCAGGGACUGGACAUUGCACUAGGUUGUUUGCAUUUUGAAAAGAAAAAGAAACAGAAAUCAGUAUUUUAUUUGGAGUCUGUGUCAGAUAAUAUGAAUUGAAUUAAUUAAUAGAAACUUUGUCUUGUAACACUGUAAUCCUGCUUUAGCCUUAAGCAUAUUUUAAUUCCCAUUAGUUUAACUUCCUGUUGCUGAAUAUGCAGUUAUUUUAUCAAAUUUACAGAAAUGUCAUGAAAAUUCUACCAAUCUUGCACAAAAUCUGCUUCUUCAUCAGCUACAGUAACAGAGAUUCUUUAUCACUGUUACUAAAGGUGCUUCAUCCUUUAAAUCCAUGGUUGUCCAAGUUAGUGUGAAUAAAGUUCUGCAGGCUAGUUUGUAUGCAAUAUUUUAUUGCUUGAAAUAUUAUAUUAAAAUUCCUCAAAAGGAAAUGAAAGUUAAUUCAACAGGAACUUUAAAAAGAUUGUAAUAGUUUUGUCAUGUUUUUCCACUGGAAUAUGGUCUAAAAUAUUUGACCUUGUAAAGUCUGAGAAGUUAUAUAUUUUAGGUAAUAUGCUAGAACUCACACUAUAUUAUGAAUACUUUCUAGUGUAACUCUAUACCAUUCUCAAAAAAAGUUAUUUUAUCAAUUCAUUUUCUUCACUGGAAUGACAGCUGUGAUUGUUUCUCUAUUUGAGGUUAAAAAAAAAAAAAUCCAAGUACUACAUCUCAGCAGCUAAAAACCAAUUUUGUCUAUGUUUUCUUGCUUCCAAAAUUCACAGUCCUUGUUUCGAGGGUUUUUUUCAUAUAAUAUAAUAAAAAAAAUUAAAAAAAUAAAUUAUUUUUAUUCAAAUCAAUUAUAUGUAAGAGAAAAAAAAUAAAAGUCCUAAUGUUUUCCCCAAUAAUAAAGAGUUGCUGCUUGAAAAAGUG